AUGGCUGGCUUCAUCUGUCGCGAGAUCACCGCGGACAAGCAUAAAGCAGAUGACCUCGCCAGCGUCGUCCAAGGGCUGUUUUACAUCGCAACUGAAUUACUGCCCUGGUUGAACCAAACAAUAUCAUAUAUCGUCAUCUGGGCGUUCACCUGCGCCAUCAUCUCCUGCACUGCCCAAGGGUGCGCGACGUAUUUCGACCCGGACGCGAAAAGAUCAUCACUCAGCUCGGCUCUCGCUCUGUUGAAAGCAAGCCUGUUCCUGCAGCUUUCCAUCAAUGCCGCCGUCUUGUGUAUCCUUGUCGUCGUGUUCCUGAGUCGGCGGACCGAUCGAAGCAACAGCGGUGGGCUACUCACGCAAGAUGCAGUCGGACAACGCGGGCCUCGGUCAUCACAUAUAUUUGUGGUGUCCCUAUUGGGGUUGACGGCAUUGCUUGUCGUGCGGAAUGUCUUUCGUACGGUUCAGGUCUUUAUGGCGCCUCUGUCUGGCAUUUGGGUGGAAGAGGCGUAUUUUUGGGUGUUUGACGCGUCCGUCAUGAUGUGCUUUACGGGGUUGUUCCAUGUCGUGCAUCCGGCGAGGUUUGUUUCGCUGGGGUAUGCGUGCGGGUUGGGAGGUCGGUGUGCGUGA